AGGCCGUCAUUGUAAAUAAGAAUUCGUUCUUAACUGACUUGCCUAGUUAAAUAAAGAUAAAAUCAAAAAAAAGUUGUCGGCAUGCACAUGUAACUUUGGUUUGCGGACUGCCAUUAUAUCAUUGACGAACAUCAAGCGACUGCUUGACAUUUAUACAUCCGGUGAAAAAUCAGUCUCAUUGUUCUAUUUGUGAAACGUUUGGUGACAGGCUGGUUUACAGACAGGAGUCUCCGCCUUGGGACUGCAGCUGGAUGCAUCUUAGAUGCAGACAGAUGACAAUGGUUUGAAGUCUGGUUCGUUUGUUAUUCAACGUUAAAUACCCAUUCAUUUUACAACGCACCAUAACAAUCAAGUUAGCUAACCAUGGCUAACGGCACAACGGCAGACUUCAAAGAAUUGGCCAGGGCAUUCACAGAGUUGGUCUGAUGGUGCCUGCUAAUGUCAUCGACCUCACCCUUUGCUUGAGGAACAAAAGAGGAAGCCCCCCCAUUUGUGCCAUGUCAUGAGGAUACCUGGACCACCGAUUGAGAUGUGCCUUUUUAAGUAAAUCAAGUGAAAAGGAGACUGAAGUAGGACUUUAAUUUUUGCUCCUCCAGUUACACAACCUCCCUUCCAAUCUCUAAUUUGAUAGGCCUACCUGUAAAAUGGGAGGGGUGUCAUAUCCCCUUAACCAGAGAAAUGGGACAACAUUUACACACACUUUGGUUGACUCAGCUUGGCGAUUCAACUUUCAGCUUGAUCUCAAUUAUUGGAGAGAGGCCUCAUUGCUUUAUCAGGUAUGAAGGGUGUCAAUACAGUGCUUUUGUUAUUGGUCAAUUUUGUUGUUACUAGUACUCUUUGUAUGUUUGCUUAUGUUGUUAAUUUAAUAGGCCUACAUCAAAUUUUAUUGGUCACAUACACAUUUAGCAGAUGUUAUUGCGGGUGUAGCGAAAUGCUUAUGUUUGUAGCUCCAACAGUGACAUGAGUUGGGGUCAAUGUGAAUUGAAGUCAGUCAAUUCAGGAAGUGAUUUGAAUUUACAAAAUGGAGAGAACUUGACAUAAAUAGCUUCUCCUUGUCCGCUUAUUUAGAAGUAAAUGGAAAUAGAUAAGCCUACCUCUUAAAUUAUUGCAUUGGAAUAUAAUUUCUCAAAUUGACCCCAACACUGAGGCCUAAAUUCAAUAUUUAAAUGAGAUGAGGAUCUCACUGCGUUACAUGCAUUACGGUUCCAUAGGCUCUCCAAUUCACCUUCAUUUACAGUUUUACUCUGUUCAAGUAGACAGUUAUCAAUAGUUUGUUUCUUUGUUAUUAGUCAUUCAAAAUGUACAGGCCUACAGUAUUUGGCACCCUCUGUUGGUGAUUUGCAGGAUGUGCAAUGAUACACGUAAAAGGAGGGCUGUGAUUGCCUAAUAUGGUCCAUUUUAUAGAGAGAAAUUGGCAUUACUUUAAAACUAGCAGAGAUCCAACUCUGGAACUUUGAUAUGCCUGUAGAGUAUGUUCAACAAUAUAUUGUAACAUUCCCAUUCAAAAUAUUUAUUUUUAUUCAUGUAAGAAAAUUGUUACUGAAAUCAAAAUACUGCUCUUAUUAUAGGGCAAGCGGUAAAGCUUGAUAUGACAUGUAGUCAGUGAUAUGUGGCCCAAAAUCAUGUUUAAUGACAUUUCAUUUUUCAGUCAUGCAAGACUUCAUGUAUGCAUAUGGUUCCCGCCAUAGAGCUAACAAUAGGCCCCAAUCACCACACAACCCACGCCACAAGUCCCACUUGCCGCGGCUGAGAGAUCUUGGGUAAAGAGGCAAGAAUUGUUUUAUUUUGCAUAACUGUUUAAAUGCUUAAAAAAAUGGACAUACUAGAAAUAAGGAUUUCUCUUUUGUAUUGCAUGUUCCUUGGUUUAAUAGUUGAGUUUUAUUUCCCCCUUAUUAUUUGUAUUUCACAGCAACACCUACAGUCCACAAUCUUAAUUUAGUUUGAGGAUAUGUAUUUCUAAAAUGUUUAUUGUUACAAAAACUUUCUUUCCUUAGUUUGUCCUGGUGGUCGGUAAUUCUAAUCUUUGUGCCUUAGUGGAUGAUAUUGUGCCCAUGUCAAACCGAGCUGGUAGCACAGGUCAUGCUGACCUGACUUUUGGCUUCAUGUCCACUCUCCUGGAGCCAGAGCUCCACAUCUGGAGGUAGAUGUUUGUGGGAUUGUGUCACCACAAGGCCUUGUCCCUGCCAUUGUCUGUCUCUUAGCUCCUGGUAAACAACUUUACAGACAAUCCAUCCAUCGAUCAGGCAGGGAAAAGGUUUAAAGAACUCCUCCAUGCUGCUCUGUUGAAGUGGACUGAGUAAAUCCUUAAUUACCAUUACUAGUAGCAUAAAGGCAUGACGUAAGUGAAAAUCACAAUUUCAACGACCAUGUUUUGCAAAGGACUAAAACCCUGGAAUGUUACUUGUAAUUAUUUGCAGGUCUUUGUACAUUACUUCCCACGUCGCAUUGACGUCGUAAAGGAACCAAAGUACCAGUAGUAGCUGGCAUUGGAGUAUGAAGACCAAGCAUGGGAGCUAGGUGUGACUUGUGCCUUCCCACUGGUUCCCCUGGUCCCACAAUAAAGUACACCUGAGUGAUGAUUAUGGGAUUGCAAUUUUGGCCACGCUGAUCAGACACUUCGUUUGAGGGACUGCAGUGCAUGGCUGCUACUAGGCCUACUUCUGCUGGGAUUUAAAGUGAUGGGGGUGGAGGCAAGAUUGGCCAGAUCUCCAGGACAACUACUUCUAGUGCACCCCCAUCAGGACCCCCUCUUGCAGCCCCACCUGCUCCUCCAAUGGCUGGCCUUGUGAUCCACAGUGGUGAAGUGAACAGUGCUGUUAUCUGCAGCCCCAGGAUCACCCUUGAGGGUCAGUGUGACAGGGAGAGCCAGUGAGUGUGGUGUUCAAGGUGUACUGUCUGUCAGUGAUGACAAUGGUGGCAGCAACUUACACUGUGGUGUUACGAUACACAAGGACAAUAUCAUCAACAGCUAUGUACUUCUCUACAACAGCAGUAUGCGUCACAGAGGUUAUUAAAUUGUUCUUGAGCCUUGGGAUGUUGACCAAAGAAGCUGGCAGCUUUGGCAGGUUAAAAGCAUCCAUAGUUGAACAUGUGUUUCAGAGUCCAAAAGAGCUGCUGAAACUGAGUGUUCCCUCUGUGGUCUAUGCGAUUCAGAAUAACAUGGCCUUCAUUGCCCUGAGCAAUCUUGAUGCAGCUGUGUAUCAGGUGACCUAUCAGUUGAAGAUCCCGUGCACAGCCCUAUGCAUGGUCCUAAUGCUGAAUCGCUCUCUCAGCAGGCUGCAGUGGUUGUCUGUCUGCAUGCUGUGUGGGGGUGUUGCUUUGGUCCAGUGGAAACCUGCAGAGGCCACUAAAGUCCAGGUUGAGCAGAACCCUUUUUGGGGGUUCAUGGCCAUUGCUGUCGCUGUAUUCUGCUCCGGAUUUGCAGGUGUGUACUUUGAGAAAGUCCUGAAGAGCUCAGACACAUCUCUAUGGGUGCGGAACAUCCAGAUGUACCUGUCUGGCAUCGUGGUCACCCUCGCUGGUGUUUACAUGACUGAGGGUACUCAGGUUAUACAGAAAGGCUUCUUCUAUGGUUACACGCCUUGGGUGUGCUUUGUAGUUUUUCUGGCCAGUGUGGGUGGUUUGUACACAUCAGUGGUGGUGAAGUACACAGACAAUAUCAUGAAAGGCUUCUCUGCUGCAGCCGCCAUCGUUCUCUCUACUGUGGCAUCUGUCGCUCUGUUUGGGCUACAGAUAACUGUUAACUUUGCCAGUGGAGCAAUGCUGGUGUGCAUCUCCAUAUACCUGUAUGGACUCCCAAAACAAGACACCACCAAGCUUCCAAGAGCAGACAAGGAUACCAAGCAGAAACUGAUCACUGUUUGAGGCCUGGAAGAACUUAAAGGUUUAUGGCCUUGCCUGACCACUGAGCUGGACCUGCCCGAGGCAAGGAACUUUAAUAAUUUAUCACUAAUGCUGGAGCAUAAGGGAAGGGAUUUAAAAAUACACUUAUACUUCAAUAUUUUGUGGAGCUGAGGCAUAGAAAAUAAAUACCUGUUUUUGUUGACUGUUACUGCUGUUAGUCAUGGACAAUAGUUAUGAAUCUUUGUCAGUCAUUCCACUUGUCACAGUACUAAAUGUAUAUAGACAGCUGACAAUCUCAUGUUAUUUGAAAGUCAUUGUUGUAACUCAUUAUCUAUAAUGAACAUUCAAAAUACAUUUGUUGACCCUCAAUGUUACUGAACUAUUAUGCAUUGCCAGAUGUCAACUACAUUUUUUCUUAUGAAAAAUACCACAAUGUCAAA